GCGUUUCCUCUAAAAAGUCAUUUUAAAAGACCUCAUAUUUCAAGACAAAGAACAAAACCCCCCAAGGUCAAGCUCCAAUUGGAAGCGGUCAUUGCUGAAACAUUGAGACACGGAGUAACUAGUGUGGCAAUACUUUCCUCUUCAUGAAAACACAUCUAAUGGGGUAUAUAAUAAUCAAAUGAUUCCUACAAGAUGUGGUGUUCCAAUGCUGCUUCGAUCAUCAUCCACUAUUCAAUAAUGCUUUUCAACAAGUUUUAUAAUUUGGCAAGUGCCUCAUUUGCAUUUGCUUCAAUACUACUCGAAAAUCCAUUUGAAGUCAAUACAACAAACCAUGUUCAAUUAGCAUCUUAUAAUUACACCUCAGGUACCUUCAAUGCUGAUUUGUUUGUGCAUAAUGACGGUUAUGACAAGAAUGUUUACUUGUAUUAUGAAAACACGGAAGGAGACUCAACACCAUUGACGGUUCUUGCUGGUCAAUUUUUAAAAGACCUGGGUAAUAACUGGGAACUUUGGUCAAUAUCAUCUCCAAUAUAUCAAGAAGAAGGUUUAACCAAAUUAUUGAAUGUCACUUUUGAUUCCAUUACUACUGGUGAGGUUUAUUCGCAAGAAUUGAAUAUUGAAGUUGAACAAGAAGGUGAAAUAAAAGAGUCUGAAAAAGCUCCAGAACCAAAAGUGACUCCUUCAGGUUUCUACGAGGAUAUAGACAACUGGUUGAACCCAACUGACUUGAACGCACAAUCCUACAAAUCUAAAACUCGUGUGUUUGAUAACAUCAAUGUCAAUGGCUCAGUUCCAGGAUUGGUCAUUGCUGCUCAAUCAUAUUAUGAGCCAGAUUAUGCCUAUCAUUGGAUUCGUGAUGCUGGUUUGACUUUUGAUGCCAUCUUCAAAUUAUAUGAAUCCUUACCAAAUAGAGAUUCACCUGCAGCUAGAGAUAUUGAGGAUUAUUUUCUGCAAUUCAUCCAAGCCUCAAUUGAUGAACAGAAAGAUAGAAGCGCCAUUGCUGGGUUAGGUGAACCUAAGUUUUACUUGGGUAAUAACUCGGGGUAUCAAGGUGCUUGGGGUCGUCCUCAAAAUGAUGGUCCAGCUAUUAGAGCUUUUGCCUUGAUUGAGUUUGUCAAAGACUACAUUAAAAAAGGUGGUGAUAGAGACUACAUUAUUGACAAGGCUUGGGAAGAGCCAAUAUUGGUUGAUUUGAAAUUUGUUGCUUCAAAUUGGACUGAAUCAAACUUUGAUUUAUGGGAAGAAGUUAACUCAGAUCAUUUCUUUACAAAAUUUGUUCAAAGACGGGCGCUGAUACAAGGUGCUGAAUUCGCGUCUGAAUACCUGAAGGACUUCUCAACAUACAAGACUCUCACAGAGGCUGCCAAUGAAUUGAAUGAUACAUUAUCAACAUUUGUCUAUCCUUUGAGAAACAUCAUUUUGAAUACUUAUGGCCCUGUACAAAGGGGGAAGGCUUCAUAUAAAGAUUUGUCAGUCAUUCUAGCUAUUAAUCAUGCUUAUCUAGGUGAUGGUGUUUUUGCUCCUACUGAUGACUAUGUCGUGAGAACAGUCUAUGAAGUUGCCACUUCAUUUAUUGAUGUGUACAAUUUAUCCCAGACCACUCAUGAUCAAAGUGGCUUACCAUUAGCUCCACCAACUGGAAGAUAUCCAGAGGAUGUUUACAAUGGGACUGGAUCCAGUCUAGCUAACCCAUGGUAUUUGUCAAAUUCCGCUUUUGCAGAAUAUUUUUUCACUGCUGCUAAAGAUUUCCAAGAUAAAGGUUCAAUAACCAUUUCUAAUUUAACUGCACCAUUCUGGAAAUUUUAUGGCUCGGGAGUUGAUGCUACUGAAAGAACUAUUACCAAAGAUUCUGAAGAUUUUAGUAAGUUGAUUCAAGCUAUGAUUGCUUGGGGUGAUGCGUACUUAAGAGUUGUCAAAUAUUAUUCUGGAGAUGAUGGUCACUAUUCUGAGCAGUUUGAUAAAGAUACUGGGGUACAGAGGGGUGCAAAGGACUUGACUUGGUCUUAUGCUUCAAUUUUAACUGCUGCUAUUGCUAGAUCCAAGGUUAGAGUGGCUUUAAGUAUUCCUAUCAUCUGCCUAAUGACUCCAAAUACGUUUAUGGCUUUAAAAGACACAUUUCACAUCCCAAUUAGGGAAGAUAUCAUGAGCUUUACAAUCAUGCCCUACAUUGCCAUUUCCAAAUCACUUGUUGGAAUUGCUAACAGUACUACAAGGGUCAUUAAGCGUAAUGUUACUGAAAUGAUUUCCUCAAUAGAACUUUCAAGAUAUUUCAGCUUUGCUGAAAAGAAGAGAAAGAAAAUCAUGUUUGCACUGUCAUUCAUAAGGGUUGUUUUUUACAUUACUUUUGUGCUCCAUUCUAGAUUAGUUGAUAUCAGCGAAUUCGACUCUAUUGGAUCAUUUUGUUGCUGGACUAUAGCUAGACCAUUUAUAUACUUCACUUUGGCUGUCUGUGAAUUGUGGACUCUUUUAGUUUUAUUCACAAAGGAGGCAUCAAAGAUCACCAUCGGAUGGUUCAGAUACUCACAAAACUUGCUGUUAUCACCAUGCUGGAAUGAACUUUUUGAAAAUUCUAUUGACAAACUCUCAUCCGAACAUUUGGUUAUAACUUUGGAGGGAAGGUGCUUGCAAGGAGUUGUUCUGGAUGACUGCAAUGCUCUAUCGCACGAGGUAAACCAACCAACAGGAUCAAUGCUUACCACCUUAGUUGGCCUGCCAGAUCAGACAAUUUUAUCACCCAAAUGCUGUAUUCGCACAGUAUCAUCUAAGAACCAGAAGGAUUGA